AUGCGGAUUUCAGGUGUACUUGGGCCACUGAUCAGGCUGGAUACCAGAGUCUCUGCCCUGUGGGAACUCACACCUUCAGGAGGUGACCAUUUGUCCUCUCGUGUUCCAGACAUCAAUGAGUGUGAAACCCCCUCAACAGUAUCCUGCGGAAGAUUUGCAGAGUGCCGGAACACAGAUGGGAGCUACUACUGCACAUGCAGCCCAGGGUACCAGCUUGUUUCUGGGGCAACAAGGUUUGGGAAUAAAAAUGAGAACACAUGUCAAGUUUCCAAGCCUGUGAAAAGCUCAGAUGAUGUGGACCCCCCAAGACAUACACCUGGAGAUUUGGGUGUAUGGAAGAGUCUCCUGCCUGGGCCAGGUGGCAACAGAGACCGUCAUCAGAAGCCACUGUCCCAGGACUUACCCACUCCCAAGAAGAUCAACCCAGACUCCACUGGGGCCCAGACCACUGGGGGGCAGAAGACAUCUAGGCACCACUGGAGGGGGGCCACAGAGAUCUCCUUCCCCACCUGGAUUCCAGCCCCAGGAAUCAAGAGCCAGAGGCUUUCCCGCUUCUUUAACAGAGUCCAAUAUCUGAGUGGAAACUUCGAGGCAUCCUCUGUCCUAGGAACUAUCCAGGACCUCAUACAGGAGGUGGAUGAAAUGCUGGAGACCCCCGAGGACCUGAAAUCCCUGCCCGACUCAAAGCAGCACUUUGUGGCCACUAACCUCCUCUUUGGCCUGGAGAAUGUCCUGAGAGGGCUGAGCAAGGCCCUGCAUAAUGGGUCAAUGACCUUCAGUUCAUCUGCAGGCACAGAACUGUCCCUGAAGGUGUUGGAAGAAGAAGACAGGAAUAUCACCUUGAUUCAGAAUCAGACAAAGAUGAUGCUGACCUGGGAUACAGUGCACAAAUCUAAAGACUCAGGUCCUAUUGUGGUGGGCCUUGUCUCCACACCAGGGAUGGGAAAGUUGCUGGAAAAAGUCCCCCUGAUCCUGGAUACUGAGGAACAGGCAGAUUUGCAUGAGACGCAGAAGGGUUUGCUAAAGGAAAUCUCCCCAAUCCUGCUGUCAGAUGUCAUAACCGUCUUUAUCAGCAACAAUAACACCCAGAACCUCAGCUCCCCAGUCACCUUUGUCUUCCAACAUUCAGUGAUCCCCAGGCCAAGGGAAAAGGUGUACUGUGUCUUCUGGGAGCAUGGCCAGAAUGGAAGUGGUCAUUGGGCUACCAAAGGCUGCAGUAUGGUGGGAACCAGAGACAACAACACCAUCUGCCAGUGCACCCACCUCAGCAGCUUUGCUGUCCUCAUGGCCUACUACAAUGUGCAGGAGGAGAAUCCUGCACUGACAGUCAUCACCUACGUGGGGCUGAGCCUCUCUCUGCUGUGCCUCUUCCUGGCGGCCCUCACCUUUCUGCUGUGCAAAGCCAUCCAGAACACCAGCACCUCCCUCCACCUGCAGCUCUCACUCUGCCUCUUCCUGGCUCACCUGCUCUUCCUAACAGCCAUCAACAGAACUAAGAUCAAGGUGUUGUGUGCCAUCAUCGCGGGUGCCUUACACUACCUCUACCUGGCCUCCUUCACCUGGAUGCUGCUGGAGGGCCUGCACCUCUUCCUCACUGCACGCAACCUGACGGUGGUCAACUACUCCAGUGUCAACUUGUUCAUGAAGAAGCUCAUGUUCCCAGUGGGCUAUGGAGUCCCAGCUGUGAUUGUGGUCAUUUCUGCAGCAUCCAGGCCCCAUCUUUAUGGAACAACCACCAGAUGCUGGCUCCACACAGACAAAGGAUUUAUAUGGACCUUUCUUGGCCCCGUCUGCACCAUCUUCUCUAUUAAUUUAGCUUUCUUCCUGAUAACCUUCUGGAUUGUGAAAAACAAGCUUUCUUCACUCAACAGUGAUGUGUCCACUCUUCGGAACACUAGGAUGCUGACAUUUAAAGCCACAGCUCAGCUCUUCAUCUUGGGAUGCACGUGGUGUCUGGGAAUCCUGCAGGUGGGACCGGCUGCCCACAUCAUGGCCUACCUCUUCACCAUCAUCAACAGCCUGCAGGGUGUCUUCAUCUUCCUGGUGUACUGCCUCUUCAGCCAGCAGGUCCAAGAGCAAUACAGGAAAUUGUUCAAAGGGAUCAGGAAAACCAAAGCCGAGUCGGAGGAAUACACAUUGUCCAGCAAGACCAUGUCCGAUCCCUCUAAACACAGUGUGGAGAAUUGAAUUAACAGCUAAAUCAGAUGAUCUUGUAUACUGGAUGGUGAAGAAAAUUCUGAACUGUCAUCUUUGGUUAAAAAGUUAAAAAAAAAUACUUUUUCAUGUUUGUUACAAGUAUCUCUUCAUGGAACUACAGUGGAAGCAAGUAGGACAGGAAUGUCUGUUAUUCAAUUUGCUGGGAAGAAUUUUAGUUUUCUGCUCCAUAUGGUAUGUUCACCUCACUCCCAGCAUAGUCAAGGAGCUAUGACACAAUUGUCCAGUUGCCUUGGAUUAAAUCAUCUGCUUCAAAUUCUUUUUCUACAAAAUUCCUCAAGAUGAAGAUAUAUGAUGAGGAAAAUGAGCUUCAGAAGACUAAAAAUACCGUUAAGAGAGGAAAUAAAAGUCAAAUACCUACAUGCAUGGUAAAUAACUAAUACAGUCUCCCAAGAUUUUCCUGGAUUAUGUCCUAAAAACCACUUGAGUUACAGGCAGCCUAGGACAGUUGGUCUCCAAUCACACAUGCUUCAACUUCUUCACUCUCCAUUUCUAAAGACUACUAACUUAUUAAUUAGAAAUACAUAUUUUAGUACUCACCAUUUGCUGCACUAAAGUAAGAGAGAUCCAGUUUCUAAUUUCACAGAUCUUACAUGUUAAAGAAAAUGCUUUCUCAGUUAGAGUAAAAUCAGAACCCUGUAAAGAAAGUCUCUACAUCCAUAUAUCUUGUAAGCUGAGCUGGGUAAACAGGUGUAUAUUGCUACUGCACAUUUUUAAAUUUUUAUUUACAUAUAUAACAAAUUAUUUCAUUCUCAGAAUGUGAUCUAGGCAAGGUCUAAAUCCAGAGGAUAACACCAACAAGAAAUAUCCUGUGGACACUCACUGAUCAUAUCUGUAUCACUUUGAACCAAAUGGAAAAUGACUGUAAAUGAUCAUAACAUAUUAAAUUUAAAAUAUUCAUGAGUACAUAGUGACACUUAAAGUAAUGGCCAAUUAAUGUAGAAGAUAUGACAGAAAUAUAUAAUGAUAAUUUUUCAUUAUCUAGUAAAUCACCACUAAAAGCAUUGGGGUAAUCUUGCUGAAAGACAAGCUAGUCCCACAGUGCCAAUUAAUCUCCUAAGAGAUUACUGAUUACUUACAAGGAUCAAAGUGUACAUUUAUAAUGUUAUAUCAGACAGCCACCAAAUGAACUAAUGAUCAAGCUUAACAUCAACAGUAUCAGUCUGACAUUAUAUAUUUCCUGAUAAGACAUGAACUUACAAUAUCCCAUUUCUGCUAAACAAAAAAUUUGUGGCAAAUCAGUCCAACCUAAAUCUAACCCUUCCUUUAGACAAAGGUUUAACAAACUAUAACCUGCAGGCCAAAUCCAGGAAGCUGCCUGCUUUUGUAAAUAAACUCUUAUUGGAUCAUAGCCAUACCCAUUCACUGAUUCCUCGUCCAUGGCUGCUUUCAGGCUACAAUGUCGAGUAGAGUGAUUGUGUGAGAGACUGAAAGGCCAUGAAGCCAAAAAUAUUUACUACCUGGCCCUUUCUAGAAGAAGCUUACUGGUAACAGUUCUUUCAGACCUGACUUUCAGUGUACAUGAAAUACAGGGGAAAGGCACACAAGUUAAAUGACAUCAUGAGGAAAUCAUCAGGCAAAUCCAGAACACAGGGAACUCUCCUAAAGUCAAUAUCAUUGUAAAAAGUGCAUAAGGCUAUUCUAGAUCAAAGUGACAAAAGUCACAUGACAAUCAAAUUCAGUGUCAAUUUACUAGGACUCUGGUUCAGAUAUAUGCUAUAAAAAUAUUUUGGAGACAAUUGAGAUAAUUUGAAUAUGCAUUAGAUAUUUAAAGUUAUUAAGAAAUUGAUUUUCUUGGGUGUAAUAAUAGAAUUGUAAUUAUGUAGAGCAUACUCUUUAUAAAUUUUUCAAUAUUUGAUAAAGACAUUAAAGAAUGAAGUGUUACAAUGUGUCCACUGAAAAUCAAGUAUUAGCAGGAAAAUAUAUAUGUGUGUGUAAAAAAAUAGUGAAAGUUUUAAUGUGGCACUAUGUUAAUA